AUUUCGAUAAAUUUGAUGGAACUAAAGGAUUUGCAAUCUGAUCUUGAAGCUUUAAGAGAAUUAUAUGGACUUUUACAUUGGGGCGAAGCUACCUGCAAUGUGGUGUUAGGUGAAAGAUCGAAGCUUUUACUAAAGAAUCUCCUAGAUGAUGCUACCAAGAGAGUUUUGGAGACACAUAAAAAGAUGAUAGAAGCAGCAGAACAUGGUGUCUGCAGCAAUUCCUGCUCUUCUGAAUCUGGAAAACGGAGGGCCUUACUAGAGUUUCAGACUUCUGUUUCAUUAAGUAGUUUACAAGCAACACCAACACCGGAUGUAACUCGAAACUUUGACCCUGCAUUUAGUUCAUAUAAAGAUGAAGAUUCUCCUAAUCGGCCAACAACUCAGGAAGUUGUCUCACAGCUAUCUAGGCUUACCUUUUCCUUGGACAAACCAGAAAACAGAAAGAAAAAUUGUGAGUUCAACAAGAAAAACAGUACAAGCAGCACGGGAUAGACAGGAUAAUGAGCAAAGAGGCUAAGCAACAAGGUCCGCCAUGUGAUCCUCUAGGAUACUUUUAUCAAGCCAGUGGGGAUGUCAAGAAAUUGUUAGAUAAAAAUGAAACAAAUAAGAAGCUAUUGAAAAUGAAUGAAACAAUGAGGCAAGGUAGUAUAUGUGCACAGCGAGAUGCUUCCGGUGUAGACAGAUCAGUUGCUAGCUCCUCAAAUUCUGUAGCUUCUGGAGAAAAUGUUGCUAACCUGGAUGAAAAGGAAGGGGAGGCAGUAAAUAAUUUCUCCAAAGACAUUGAUAAAGUAGUCAAGCACAUUGAAUCCCACAUUUCAGCUUUGCGUUUGUGUUCAAAGUUGGCAGAUGCUACCAAAGGCGCUAUGCCACACGGUUUGUAUAAGAUGCCUACAUCACUGUGUCCUAUGGUACAAGCAAAAGAGCAUUUGGUUAAAAAGAAUGAACUAAGCCAUGCUGUUGAUCCUUUUUCAGAUAGGGAUGAUGUAUUAGGUCAAAGUAAGAACUUCUCGGAUUAUAUAAUGAGCAAAAGGAGAAGGAUUCAGCACAAGGAGAUAGAUCAAACUUGCAAGCAUAUUGUAAGGAGUGAUAGUAGGCUGAAUAAAAAGGUAGCUAAUUGGAAUGUUUUUGGCAUGGUAGAAGCAGAUGGUCAUAAGCAGAAUGAAACUACCGGUUGCUAUGUUCACGGAUUAAGGAUUCCGACUAAGCUGGCUGAUAUCACCAAGAGGUCUCCCAUGCCCGUAAAAAUGUCCUAUCCAACCCCAAUAGAGAGUAGGGGGAAAGAAUCAUCACCAAACAUGGCAAAAUUGAGACCUUCAGUACCAUCCCAGUCAACAGUAUCGAAGUCUCUGAGUCAUAAGAAGAGACUAGCACAUGAGAUUCUACCGGAACAGAAAAAAGCGGCUAUGGGAAUUUUGCGGAAUAAGAUUCUACUGCAACAGCAAGAACCCGACGAGUCUUCUAGUGCUGGCAGUGGUAGCAGUGACAGCGAGGCUUAUUCUUUGGCAAGUGAGGACAGUUCAGCUUCAAUAUCCAGUAGUUUUGAUCACGGAGUACGUGAAGAGAGUAGUUCAUCAACUAGCAGUGACUACAGGGAUGAUGAAUCAGGUAGAUUGUAUGCUACCAAAACACACAAAUCAAUCCAUCCGACAAAAUUUGAGCCCGAGAAAGGAGAGGGUCAAAAGCUGGGACGGAUGAGGAGGCUUAAGAAUAAGUUAGCUCUAGUUUUUCAUCAUCAUCAUCAUCACCACCAUCACCGAUAUGAUCACCAUGACAGAGGUGAUCACUCCCAUGGGGCGCACGCCAAAUCUUUGUGGACACCUCUGCACAAACUUUUUCAUCCCGGAACCAGAAACAAAGUGGACGAAGAUAAGUUAAGAAAAGCGAGGGCGAGUAAUGUGCCGGUCAAGCAUCAAGGAGGGCAUUUUCAUUCACUAGUGGAAGGAUUGUUGAGGCACCUUAGGCAGUCAAAGAAAUCAAAGACUUCCAAAGGUGGAAUGGGACGGCUAGGAAAUAACCAAACCAAGAAAAACAGGAAGGUGAAGCAAUUACAUUGGUGGCAGAUGUUUCAGCGUCAAGGUGGAGUAAAAUUACCCAAAAAGAGGCGUGUGAAGGUAGGGUUUAAGAGUAAAAAGAACCAGCUUAAGGUACCUAAGUUGAAAUAGAGA